UGGACACCGGGGCGUCCCCGGAGCGGAGAGGCCUGGCCGGGCAGCCCUGGGGACGAUCGGGGCGGCGUCCCUGCACCCUCCGCCAGGCCCCGCGGGAUGCACCGUGGGAGCCCAGGGCGGAGGCGACACUCUCAGGUAAAUUGGCAGGAUGAAGAGCAGCAAAUCAAAAGAGGUGCCUUUAUCAAAUCCAAGGAACUCACAAAGCAAGGAAACUGUUCAAGCAGAUGUAAGCACAUCGUGGGAUGCACUUUCUCAGACCAAGGCUGCUCUGAGACACAUUGAAAAUAAAUUAGAAGUAGCCCCUACAAGUACAGCUGUAUUUGACUCUGUCAUGGAUACCAAGAAAUCUUCUGCAAGUGCUAUACGAAAAAUAAGUAGAAAAGAUGGUAGAUACCUGGAUGAUUCUUGGGUGAAUGCUCCAACCUCCAAAACUUCUAAAUUACGAAAAGAGAAAUCCCGUAGUCCUCUCAGAGCUACCACCCUGGAGAGUAAUGUCAAGAAAAAUACUCGUGUGGAAUUCCGUGAACCUUUGGUUUCUUAUAGGGAAAUCCAUGGCACUCAUUCCAUUCUGAGUCCAAGCCAUGUAGAGUCCAAGCAUGUGUAUCAUAUGGAUGUCGAUGAAGAAAAGACGCAGGGUGGGAACCAGCUGACAAGUAAUCAAGAACGGAAUUUGCAUUGCUGUGACUUUGAAAGCUCCCAGUCAUCUCUCAUUAGUGAUACAGUUGUUAGGUUUUUAAAUGAUGGACCAGCUAUUGAUGCACUUCAGAAUUCAGAAUGUUUGAUUAAAAUGCCAGCUCCUGUGAGAACUGAGGAAGAAAAACCAAACAAAGCGAAAGGAAAUGAGAACAGGUUGAAGACGUCUGUGAGUAACAUGGGCCAAUAUGUUGAUCCGAAAGUGUUACGGCUGGCUGAUUCUUCUCCAUCCUCUACUAGUACUUCAAAUUCCCAAAGACUAGACAUCUUAAAGCGGCGACAACAUGAUGUCAAAUUGGAAAAACUCAAGGAGCGGAUUAGGAAACAGUGGGAACACUCAGAAGAGACAAAUGGCCGUGGCCAAAGUGUGGGUCAUAGUGACUAUCCAGUAAUGGUUGUUAAUAUUGAUAACUCAGUGACUGCAAAAGUCAGGAAAGUAGCAACAGCCCCACCUGCUCCAAUGUAUAAAGGCUUCAAUCCUUCAGAGACCAAGAUUCGAACACCUGAUGGGAAAGUUUGGCAGGAAGCUGAAUUUCAAACCAUGAGUAGAGAACUUUACCGAGAUUUAGCAUUUCACUUUUCAGAUGAUAUUUCUAUGAAAGAGAAACCUGCUGAAAAAAUUAAAGAGAAAAAAGUGGCCAAGCCAGUACGAAAAGUCCAAAAAGUAGCACAGUUAACAGGUUCAGAAUGCAAAACAGGUAGUAGUCGUCUGAUAAGCACAUCUUCUUGGCGAGAUGGACAAAAAUUAGUAAAGAAGAUUCUGGGACCUGCUCCCAGAAUGGAACAAAAAGAACGAAGAGCAGCAUCAAGUGAAAGAAGUGGAAGAGAAAGAACUACUAAAUCUGGAGGUCCUAUUGGAAGAGCGGAAUCCGAUCCCAGGCUGGAUGCUUCACAUAAAUAUCUUUCACGAAACUCAGAAUGUUCAAGAAGUAGAGCUCGGUCUGAAAAUAAUAUAAAGAAAUUAGUUCCAUCCCUUCCGGAUAAUAAACAGGAAGAAAAUACUGCAUUAAAGAAAGACUUUUUACCUGAUGAAAUUCGUGGGAUUCUUGAUGACCUACAGUUGGAUUCUGCAGCUCAGGACACAAGACAAGAGGUUGAAGAGUUACAGAAUCAGAAGGCAUCAGCACCUGUACAAGUUUCUAGGAGUCAUAGCCCAGUAAAGAGAAAACCUGACAGAAUAACUGCUAAUGAAGAUCCCCCUGUUAUUUCCAAAAAACGUCAUUAUGAUACAGAUGAGGUGCGACAGUACAUUGUUAGACAGCAGGAGGAGAGGAAGCGGAAGCAAAACGAAGAGAAAAAGGCUCAAAAGGAGGCCACUGAGCAGAAGAACAAACGAUUACAGGAACUCUACCGAAAGCAGAAAGAAGCCUUUACUAAGGCAAAAAAUGUGCCUCCUGAGCCGCCAGCAAGUAGGCGGCUACAGGAAACUUAUUCCAAAUUGCUGCUAGAAAAAACUUUGCUGGAGGAGCCAGCUCAUCAACAUGUUGUGCAGGAAACACAGAUUAAACCAGGUUAUCAGCCAUCUGGAGAGUCUGACAAAGAAAACAAAGUGCAGGAACGUCCCCCAAGUGCAUCUUCCAGUAGUGACUUGUCUCUGUCAGAACCUCCACAACCUCUGGCAAGAAGGGACUUGAUGGAGCCUACGUGGAUGCAACCUGAUAGACUGAGCCCACGAGUACACCAUUCUCAACCGCAGUCGCUUGGAACAGCUGGAAACUUACUUUCCCAUCUCUUGAGUGUAGACCGUGUAGGAAUUUUGCAUAAGGAUUUUGAAUCUAUUUUACCAACCAAGAAGAAUCGUAAUAUGGCUUCAGGGCCAUUAACUUUUACACCUCAACCAUAUCUGACCUCACCAGCUGCUCAUCCAGAUGCCUUGUUAAAACCUAGUGUUAGCCAAUACAAGAGUAAACUGGAUCGUAUUGAAGCCUUGAAAGCAACAGCUGCUUCUUUGUCCAACAGGAUUGAAAAUGAAGCCAAGAAAUUAGCUGGGGCUAACAUUAACUAUGGGUCUGUGUGGAACUCUGAGUAUGAUGUACAGCAAAGACCUCAAGAAGAUGAACCUUGGGCCAAGUCUGUAAGUCCACCUGUGAAAGAGGACACUGAAGAUAUUUUCUCUGCCAGAAUUCAAAAGAUGCUGGGGACCUGUGUAUCUCAUGCAACUUUUGAUGAUGAUCUUCCUGGUGUAGGCAACCUUAGUGAAUUUAAAAAGCUUCCUGAGAUGAUAAGACCUCAUAGUGCCAUAUCAAGCUUGAGAAUAACAUCUCCUGGUCCCAAACCAGAAGGGCUGCUGGCACAGUUGUGUAAGAGGACGAUUGACUCUUCUAGCUCUGAUGUGCAAGCUUCUUCUCCAGGCAAAGCGAAAAGAUCUCUUGGUUCCAGCAAUGAUUCAGUGAGUGAAGGACCUCUUCUUAGUGAGGGUAGUCUGUCUGAAGAAGAAGGAGGUCAAGAUCAGCGGCCACUUUUGAAAGUAGCAGAAAUUUUAAAAGAAAAAGAGUUUUGUGCUGGAGAAAGAAAUACUUACGAACCCAUCAAAGAGUUCCAGAAGGAAGCUGAAAAAUUUUUGCCAAUAUUUGGACACAUAGGUGGUACACAAAGCAAAGGACCAUGGGAAGAAUUGGCAAAGGGAAGUCCACAUAGUGUCAUUAAUAUCUUUACAAAAUCAUAUCAGUUAUAUGGAAAAGGAUUUGAUGACAAAUUGGAAAGAGGAACGUCAGCAUCACGACCUUUGAAUGCUAUCACAACCCCUCUAAGCAGCAUUUCGUAUGAAGAUGAUUUUGUCUCCUCUCCAGGGAGUGGGACUUUGACAGAAAAAAAAUCAACUCUUGAACCUAAUAUUGGUGGUAGCAGUUUAGGCAUUGAGGAAGAUCAUUCUUGCAGGAAGUCUGCUUAUGAACUUUCUUCUGUUGAUGCUACCUGCCAACAUUCAUCAGGGGGUCAGUCUCCUGCGUCAUCUUGUUCAUCUACUGCUUCCAAAGGAAAGAAGGGAAAAAAGGAACAAAUGGAAUGGUUGGACUCACUCACUGGGAGUAUUCAAAACACAAUUCUUGAUGAGGAAAAAGUGCACUCUGGUUCAGAACGCGGCUCUCAUCAAGGAAAGAAAUCUGGGACCAGUAGCAGACUUUCUGUUAAAGAUUAUGAGCAGACUUUUGACACUGACAGCACUUUGGAGGAUGUUUCUGGUCAUUCACUGAGCAAAAAUUCCAGUGUCUCAUUAGACAAGGGAAGAUCUCAGAAGACUCCAACUUCUCCCCUGUCCCCAAGUUCCCAGAAGUUAUUGCAGUUUGACCUUCCAGGAUCUUCAUUAGAAAGAUCUAAAUCCUCAGUGACAGUGUCUCCAACCACAACAGGAUUUAAGUCUAAUGCUGCUUUCACUGAUCUCCCUGUCAGCAGAACAGCUUCAGAGAAGGCUUCAACACCAGGUACUAAGCGAUUUUCUCCUGCUGGUCUCCAGCAUCGAAUGACAGCAGAACUCAGUUAUUUGAGUGCCAUCGAGGAGUCUGUGCGCCAGUUGUCAGAUGUGGAAAGAGUUAGAGGCAUUUCACUUGCUCAGCAGGAGAGUGUGUCUCUGGCUCAGAUCAUAAAGGCACAGCAGCAACGCCAUGAAAGAGACUUGGCCCUUUUGAAAUUGAAAGCUGAACAGGAGGCACUGGAGUGUCAGCGACAAUUAGAAGAAACUCGAAACAAAGCUGCUCAGGCCCAUGCAGAAUCGCUGCAGCAGGUAGUUAAAUCACAACGGGAAGUUACUGAUGUCCUGCAGGAAACUACUUAUAAAAUAGCUGCACAGCAAACUGAGACUGCUCGCCUCACCACAGAUGCAGCACGCCAAAUCUGUGAGAUGGCAGAGUUGACUCGAACGCAUAUCUCAGGCGCCAUCACUGCUUCAGGAGCUCCCCUAGCAACACUGUAUGACCACCAUCGGCAACAGACUUCAGACUUUGUGAAACAACUAAGGACCAGAGCUGAAACAGAUAGGAAAAGUCAUUCUGUUUCACUCUCUCAGAGUAAAGAAGAGACCAUUGACUCAAAGCAUCAGAAGUAUUCCCCUUCAUAUGAUAGUUACUCCGAGUCCUCCAGGUGCAAGAAUCAUGAUCGAAGAAGUAGUAGUGGUAGCAGCCAUCAAGAAAGUCCUUCAGGCCCAUCUUCUAAAGAAAAUAAGAAGAAACUUCAUGGUGAAAAGAUGGGGAGUUCUAUUGAGGAACAAGUUCAAACUGCUGCAGAUGAUUCCCUAGGAAGUGAUAGUGUACCAUCUCUUCCUGAUGAGAAAGAUUCAACUUCUAUUGCAACAGAAUAUUCCCUAAAAUUUGAUGAAUCCAUGACAGAAGAUGAAAUAGAAGAAAAAUCAUUUCGAUCUUUAUUACCUUCUGAGAGUCAUCGCCGAUUUAAUAUGGAAAAGAAAAGAGGCCAUCAUGAUGACUCUGAUGAAGAACCUUCCCCAGAAAAGACUGCAUUGUCUUCUGCCAAAGAGUUGAGUAUGCCAUUCUCAGGAGGACAAGAUAGCUUUUCUAAAUUUACUAUGGAGAUGGUUCGACAGUAUAUGAAAGAAGAGGAAAUGAGGGCUGCUCACCAGUCUUCACUCUUGCGUCUCCGUGAAAAGGCCUUGAAGGAGAAAACUAAGGCUGAAUUAGCCUGGCUAGAGCAUCAGAAAAAACAUCUACGAGACAAAGGAGAAGAUGAUAAGAUGCCUCCUCUCCGGAAGAAACAGCGGGGUUUGCUCUUAAGAUUGCAGCAAGAGAAGGCAGAAAUUAAACGUCUUCAAGAAGCAAAUAAGGCAGCUCGGAAAGAAAGACAACUGAUUCUUAAACAACAAGAAGAGAUAGAAAGAAUUCGACAGACCACCAUAAAGCUACAGGAGAAGUUAAAGUCUGCAGGGGAGAAUAAACUGGAUUCUCAUAGUGAUGAUGAUUCAAAGGAUAAUAAAGCAACUAGUCCUGGUCCAACUGACUUGGAGACUCGAAGUCCCUCCCCCAUUUCAGUCUCCAGUAGUGAAACUAGCAGCAUUAUGCAAAAGCUGAAGAAAAUGAGAAGCCGCAUGGAUGAAAAACACUGCUCUCCUGUUCACUACUUCUUCUCUGUCUUUACGUCUCAUCACUGGGCCUCUCUCAGUGUCUGUUUUCCCAACCUUCAUCCCAAAUUCCAGCUGUAUAUCUACAACCAAUUGGUCAGGUUUCUGACAAAGCGGGAGCAAAAGUUGAUGCAACGACGACAACAUGCAGAGGAACUAUUGGAAUGGAAACGACGUUUGGAUGCAGAGGAAGCAGAAAUUCGUCAAAUGGAAAAACAAGCUUUGGCUGCCUGGGACACAGAAUUAAUGAAACCUAAAACUCCUAAGAAAGAACUGGAGAAUAGUAGAUCAGAAAAUAAAGAAAUAGUGAGUGAAGAGGAAUCUCCGUUACCUUCCUAUUCUCAUCUUCAUAGUGAAAGUUCUAUUCCAGAAGAUCUGGGAAGUGCUGCUGUUGAAUAUAUGCCAUCUGAAUCCAGAGUUCAGGAACAGCAUGGUAGUCCAGAUCAUAGUAUACUUACUGAAGAAAUGGUUUUUUCACAAGAACUAGAAUCUUCUACCUCACCUAAUAAACAUUCACCUCUCAAAAGCUGCACAUCUGUGUCAAAGCAGGAGUCUAGCAAAACAAGUCAUGAGAAUGGAGGACAAUAUCGUCUGUCUGUCAAGUCCCAUCAGCACUGUUCUAGUUGGUCAGAUGAAUCACUAUCUAUGACACAGUCAGAAACUACAUCUGACCAAAGUGAUAUUGAAGGCAGGAUCAGAGCCCUCAAAGAUGAGCUGCGGAAAAGAAAAUCAGUUGUUGACCAGCUGAAGAAGGAGCAGAAAAAAAGGCAAAAGGAAAGAUUGAAAGCUCAAGAAGCCAGUUUGAUCAAACAAUUAGAGUCAUAUGAUGAAUUCAUUAAGAAAACUGAAGCUGAACUUAACCAAGAUUUGGAAAUAUCACCAACAGCCAAGCCUCAGAUUAAAACUCUCUCUUCAGCUUCUGAAAAACCCAAGAUCAAGCCCCUUCCACUACACAGAUCUGAAACAGCAAAAAAUUGGAAAUCACUAACUGAGUCAGAACGUUCCAGAGGAUCUCUGGAGUCUAUUGCUGAACAUGUUGAUGCUACAUUGUCAAGUUCUGACAGAUCAGUAUCGGAAAAGUCUUUAUCUUCAUUUGCAAAAGGAGCGAUUGAAUUGGAUAAUCAAACAGGAGAGCACUUUCAGACUUCAUCUCCAAUUCUCCAGUCAUUGAGGAAAAUCAGAGCAGAAUCUGGAGAUUGUCUAGAAAAUGUACCUUCUUUGCCUCUUCUUAAAGAACUAAAUGCCCCUAAUAAAAUUCUGGAUAUAUCAGAUGUCAAGGCUGAAGAAGAAUUUGCACAAAAAUCAGAAAUACAGGAAGCAAAAUGUAUAAAAUUAGAGGAAAGUGCAAUUGAAGGUGCCUAUUCUAAACCAUCUAGAAAGCCUGAUGUGUUAGUAAAACUCGACCUGGAACAGGGAGAUUCAACUGAAAUUCCUUCAAAAAAAGAUCUUCCUUUAGAUUCUACAAGUGUUCAGAGAGACUUAGUUAAAUUAGCCAUUAAAAAUCUUCAUGAAGAAUUAAGAGAGAGACAGUCAAAUCAAGAUAUGGAUCAUAGUCCAGACAUCCAACCAGAGAAAAACAUUCAUGAACAGAAAAACAUAAAGGAAAGGGACUUAUUUUUGUCAAGCCAUCUUUCUGCCCCUAAAGAGAGGACAUAUGCUGAAGAUUUUGAAGUAUCUUCUUUCAAGAAAGAAAGUUCAGCUGAGUUAUACAAUGAUGACUUUGAGGUAUCAUCUUUGUCCUCAUCAAGGAAAGACUCUCAGUCUUGUAGAGAUAAGUCACAGCCAACAAGGAAUUCCAGAAGCAGAGCCACUAGCUUUGGUAGUGAUGAUGAAAUCAGUGAGUGCCUAAGUGAGAAAAGUCUUUCUGUUCAUAGCAAUGUCCACUCUGAAAGGCUCCUAGAACUUAAGUCUCCCACUGAGCUGAUGAAAAGUAAGGAGCGUAGUGAUGUAGGGCAUGAACAGGGAAUUACUGAGUUUCCAUCCUUGGCUUCAGUUUCUAUGGCAGAUGAAUUACUUGAUUUCCACAUCGGUGAUAGGGUGUUGAUUGGCAAUGUUCAACCAGGAACUCUUCGAUUCAAAGGUCUGACCAGUUUUGCUGAAGGAUUUUGGGCUGGAGUAGAGUUAGAUAAGCCUGAAGGAAAUAACAAUGGAACGUAUGAUGGUAUUAUAUACUUUGUAUGUAAAGAGAAGCAUGGUAUUUUUGCUCCUCCUCAAAAAAUAUCUCACAUUCCAGAAAACUUUGAUGACUAUGUAGAUAUAAAUGAAGAUGAAGACUGUUACCCAGAUGAACAAUAUCAAUACUGUAAUCAAGAACAAAAAGAUAAAGAAGGUCUCAAUCUCGAUAGAGAAAAGGAUGCAACUGAAUAUUCUUAUGAGAAAUCUCUACCAAGUAUGCAUAAUAUAGAAGUCUCAGUUGAUAGAAGCCUUAAAAUAGAAACAGAAAGUAUACAGGAUAUUUCUGGGGCAUUUGAAACUUACGUUCACCAGAAGUCUUCAGUGGAUUCACUGAUUUCAAAGGAAAACAAGGAUCUUGUUUCUAAUGCUAUGGAAAAGGUUUCCACUGCUGUAGAAGAUGAUACUUUAGACAAUACCUUUCCUGAAGAUCUAAAGAAACAACAGCAGCUUGCAAACAAACAAGAGGACCUAUAUUCUGAAGUUCCAGAAACGUUCUCGACCCCACUUUUGGACCUUUUAAGAAGAGAAAAGAAUCAACUGGAAGCCCAACUGAAGUCAUCACUAAAAGAGGGAAAAAAAUCAAAGGAACAACUGGAAACAGUCACCUCGCUAACAGAUAGUUUGCUAAAUGUGUUUGUAAAGGACACAGUCAAUCAGCUACAACAAAUCAAAAAAUCUCGGAAUGAGAAAAUCCACCUUAGCAAUCAAGAGCUUCUUGAUGACAAUCAGAAGGAAAUGCUGCCUGCAGACUUAUUCCAUAAUCUUGAGGAACAAUCGCCAGGUGUUCCAGACUGCUACCUAAGGUCUGAAUUGGAAGAUGAAAAAGAAGAGAUGUCCUCACCAGAUAUGUGUCCCAGACCUGAGAGUCCAGUGUUUGGUGCCAGUGGGCAAGAGGAACUUGCUAAGAGACUUGCUGAACUUGAAAUCAGUCGUGAAUUCCUGAGUGUGUUAGGAGAUGAUCAAGACUGGUUUGAUGAAGACUUUGGUUUGAGUUCUUCACCCAAGAUCCCAAAAAGUAAGGCAGAAGAAAGCAUUGUACCUCUAAUGGCAGAACCUAAAAGAGCUUCCAAAAAGCCAUGUGAAACAUUACUAGCAGUCCCACAUACUGCAGAAGAAGUAGAAAUUCUUGUGCACAAUGCAGCAGAAGAACUUUGGAAAUGGAAAGAAUUAGGUCAUGAUCUUCAUAGCAUCAGUAUUCCUGCAACACUACUUGGCUUUGCCAGUAAGGGCUUAGAUAUAGAGAGCAUUAGUAAAAGAGUCUAUAAACAGGCGGUUUUUGAUUUAACAAAAGAGAUAUUUGAAGAAAUUUUUGCUGAGGAUCCCAACUUGAAUCAACCUAUCUGGAUGAAGCCAUGUAGAAUCAACUCUAGUUAUUUUCGACGAGUGAAAAAUCCGAAUAGUCUUGAAGAAAUCAAGAAUUUCAUAGCAACUGAAGUACUCAAGUUGUUUAGUCUUAAAAAGGAACCAAAUCAUAAAACGGACUGGCAGAAAAUGAUGAAAUUUGGAAGAAAGAAAAGAGACCGGGUGGAUCAUAUCCUGGUACAGGAGCUCCAUGAAGAAGAGGCCCAGUGGGUGAACUAUGAUGAGGACGAGUUGUGUGUGAAGAUGCAGCUGGCUGAUGGGAUCUUUGAGACCUUGAUCCGAGACACUAUUGACGUUCUCAACCAGAUCAGUGAGAAACAGGGGAGAAUGCUACUUGUGUGACAUCUUGCAAAUAAACCGAACACUGAGUGCUAA